CUGUGAUGGUGUGAGUGUCCGAGAGUCACAGCCUGGACUCUUCUGACCGGUCGGUCAUGCUGAAGCCCGGCGAGCCCAGCGGUUCUGCUUUCCUCAAAGUGGACCCGAGUUACAUCCAGCACUGGCAGCAGCUGUUCCCGCAGAGCCCGCUGAAGCCGCCGCCGGUGCCGGUUCCGGUGCCGGUGCCGCUGGAGAGCCUCCGCCUGCAGAGAGCCAGCCUUAUCUCCAGCUCCAGCAGCAGCAGCUCCAGCUCCUCCACCGCCUCCCCCGCCUGCUCCAUCUUCGGACAGAGCCUGAGCACCGACGGCACCGCAGCGCCUCCGCAAACCAAAGAACUUUGUUUGUCGACCAACUUUAAGAAUGAUAAAAGCGCGCGGCUGAAGCUGAGCUCGGAGGAGCUGGACUACUACCUGUACGGCCAGCAGAGGAUGGAGAUCAUCCCGCUCAACAGCCACAACGGAGACACCAAUAACCGCUGUGACAUGUGUGCUGAUAACCGUAACGGCGAGUGCCCCAUGCACGGGCCCCUGCACUCGCUGCGGCGUCUGGUGGGCACCAGCAGCGCCUCCGGGGCCGCCCCCCCGCCCGAGGUCCCGGACUGGCUGCGGGAUCUGCCGCGUGAGGUGUGUCUCUGCACCAGCACCGUGCCGGGACUCGGCUACGGCAUCUGUGCGGCGCAGCGCAUCCCGCAGGGCACCUGGAUCGGGCCCUUCCAGGGGGUCCCACUGCAGAUGGACAAACUGCAGACCCUCAGGAACACCAGACACCUGUGGGAGAUUUACGAUCAAGAGGGAACGCUACAGCACUUUAUUGAUGGAAAUGAGCCCAGUAAGUCCAGCUGGAUGCGGUAUAUCCGCUGCGCACGUCACUGUGGAGAGCAGAACAUGAUGCUGGUGCAGUACAGGUCGUGUAUAUUUUACCGCGCCUGCACUGAUAUUCCUCGGGGAACGGAGCUGCUGGUGUGGUAUAACGACAGCUACACGUCUUUCUUCGGGAUCCCACUGCAGUGCAUCGCGCAGGACGAAAACUUGAACGUGCCGUCUACAGUAACAGAGGCGUUGGCGCGUCAGGACUCUCUGCAGGCGUUCAGCAAGAGCCCGAAGGCCCCGUCUGUGGUCCUGCCGCGCUCCAUGGUGUUCCCGCAGUCGCCCUGCAGCCGGAGCUUCUCUCUGCUGGACCGGAGCCUCCACAGCGACUCCAGCCUGACCUCCAGCAGCUCCAAGCAGCAGCGCGUGUUGGCCAGCCCCACCUCCACCAGCCAGCUCAGCUCCGAGUUCAGCGACUGGCACCUGUGGAAGUGCGGCCAGUGCUUCAAGACCUUCACGCAGAGGAUCCUGCUGCAGAUGCACGUGUGCACGCAGAACCCCGACAGGCCAUAUCAGUGUGGUCACUGCUCUCAGUCAUUCUCCCAGCCGUCGGAGCUGCGGAAUCACGUGGUCACACACUCCAGCGAUCGGCCGUUCAAAUGUGGAUACUGCGGCCGCGCGUUCGCCGGCGCCACCACACUCAACAACCACAUCCGCACACACACCGGGGAGAAGCCUUUCAAGUGUGAGCGGUGCGAGCGCAGCUUCACUCAGGCCACUCAGCUCAGUCGACACCAGCGGAUGCCCAACGAGUGUAAACCCAUCAGCGAGAGCAGCGAAUCAAUCGAGGUGGAUUAACUGAUGAUGCAGAAUCAGGAACUAAACACACGUUCACUGAUGACGCAGGAUCAUGAGGCAACAUCACGGACACUUCAGCAGAACCAAAGAAACACUCAAACACACACACACAGACCACACGCAGCCAUCAAACCAGGCAGAGACUGAGCACUGAAGGGCGGAGCCGGGGGCGGGGCUUCAGAUGCAGGAGAUUAUUUAUUCAUGAGCACAGCAGAAACUCACACUCGCUCAGUGAUGGUCUUGUUCUCCAGUACAAAUCUGCUUUCUUUUAAAGUCCACAUGAAGCGGAAGCUGCAGCCAUUUUAUUUUGGUAUUGUGACAAAGCUUCUAGAGAAACGAAAUAUUAAAUGAGAAAACAGUGGGCGUGACUUGUUUUUCUACUCCGAGCUGAUUGGAUGAAGUAAAGUAGGUGUUUCAAUCAGAAAGAUGGGGAGGAGGGUUUGGGGAGAGUUUAUUACCACCUAACAGACUCCUCCUCCUCACCAUUACUGUUUGAUGUCAAAACUGACAGCCAAUCACAUGACUUUUCCAGGGUUGCAUAAAGGUGAUUGGCUAGCAUCUGCUCUAGGGUAUUUGCAUGGAGCGAUCUAACCGGGAUCUGUUUGACAAUAUAAAGUUCACGUGAAUCUUUGACGCUGACAUAAGAAAAAUAACAUUUAAAAAAUGACUGUAAAUAAUCCGAGGGCAGUGUCAUUCAGUGAGCUGUGUGUAAAGCUGCAGUUUAGUUCAGGUCAAACCAUGUGAUCUACGCAGCGCGACUAAUCGACGUCAAUCAGAAAAGCAUCACGGCAGAGCAUUAAAGUCGAUUAGUUGACAAGACGGUGCAACCUCUAAUUAAAGAUUACAAGGACAAACUAUUGUUGUUAUUCUCAAAGACGUGCACAGAUGGAUUAUUCAGCACAAAACUAGCAAUGUGAGCUAACAAAAUCAACAUGGUUAGUUCUGAUUUCAUGUGGACUUUAGUUUAUUAACACUGCUCGGUUUCUGCAUGCUCAGAUUCACUAAAGCAUCAUAUAAUUAAUGAAAUAUUCUUUUAGAUGUGUGUGUGUACACAUGUUUGAGAAGUAUUUAAAUUAUAUCAAGUUAUGUAAGUAAAAAGAAGAGAUUAUCAAGUUUUAUUAAUAUAUAUGAAGUGUCUUAAAUCAAGAUAUAUUCACCUACGAUUGACAGAUAUAUAGAUGAAUGUAUGAUUCAGGAGGCGGAGAUGGUCAGAACAGGUAUAGUGGUGUCUUAAAAGGGCACAUAUUAGACGGAAAUGACCUUCAUGCAGGGUUUAAACCCAGUUGUGUGUCAGCAGUGUGUGAAUAUAUCCAAGCCUCUGAUGGUGAACCUGAAUUCAUUGUGUUUGAUGAAUGAAACACUUUGAUUGACAUUCCUUGAUUGGUGUCUGUAGCUCCGCCCUCUAAAAAGAGCACAAUCUCAUUUGCAUUUAAAGCGACAGUCACCAAAACGCCACUAUGAGUAUCAAAGAAAAGGGGCAGAAUAGGGCAACUUUAAGUCCAAAUUAAAAUGUCAAAAUAUCCCUAAAUACACAUAUAAAUUUUAUUUUUAGAGCUCAUAUAUCUGUUUGUACUGGAGAGCGAGGUGAGCAG